AAUUAUAAAAUGUAAGUUUGUUAAGCAGAUUUGUAUUAUAUUCCAUAAUAAAUUAUUUCGUCAUAAUUGGAAAUAAAAUGAAAAAAAGUAUAUUAAUUAUUAACAAAGUUCUAUGUGUUAUAACAUUAAAUUUCUCGAACAACUGUUUUUUGAAAAAUGUUAAACGCUCACGAUAUAGUCAACAAACCAAGCAAAAAGUUUAUAUCGUUAUGGAUUUUGCCACCAGGAUCAAAACCUAUUGUGAGGGUUGAAACAGAAAAUGGCAGUAUUUCUGCAAGUCGUUUAUUUAAUAUUGGUUGCUCUACACUUGAGCUGUACGAAAGUAGCAAACCUUGUUUUGGGCUAUUUCAAGGCAGUAUGUACCCAAUAAAGAAAUACGCCUCUAUGGAAAUUAUACUUCUUCCAUGUAAAACCGUCACAACAAUACAAAGAUGGUGUUUUAACGUAUCUAUGGAAACCAAACUCAUUAGAGUUGACCCUACGGCAUUCCGUCUUUUAGCUACGCAAGUUUCACACGAAAUAAAAAUGGGCUGUUUUAAUUUAACUGAAGAAGAAAAAGAAGCUCUAGAAUCUACAAUAGACCCAAGUUUUGUGACUUACAAACAGUACGUUGUAGUUGCUCGAAAAAUUCCUGACUAUGGAACUAUAAAGUUUCAAAAUGUGGAAAUUGUUAACAGCGUAAAGCUGUUAAAUAAUACGUUACGAAAAGGUUUGAAAAUAGUGUUAAAAGUGUGCCCCACAACUCUAAUGGUUCUUUCACCAAAAACCUCCAUUUCGAUUCCUUGGCGUAAAGUUCGACGUUUUACUGAAAUUAACGAAACUAAGUCGGUAUCUUUUGAAGUUUUCCUAAAUGAAAUCCAAUCCUUUACUUGGUUGGAGGUAAAAACAAUACAAGGAGCGCUUCUUUUACAAGCCACUGCUGAAGCAAUAUCCAAUAUAAAAUCCAAAAUAGAAGAAGAAGAUGCUCAACAGCAAAUGCAGUUAACAAACCCAAUCUUUAAUAAUAAAUUAACCUUCGCUCUAAUAAAAUCCGAGUUGUUUGGAUUAAAAAGCAGUAAAGACAACAACAUAUGCGAUCAUUUCGAUGAGAUCCAUUCAAGUGACGACGAAGAUUACAAAAAGCAAAGGGCUAUUGAAAUGCAGCUAAAGAGUAUCAACUGUAAAUAAUCAAUUUAAGACCUAAAGUAAAAAGAUUAAAACGUUUUAUUAAAGUCUUUUGAAAACGAAAGAGAAAACAUUUUAUUUUAUUAUAUACAUAUAUAUAAAUAUUUUAUUUAGUUC